GGGGCUCAGUGAAAGCUGUAUUGUAUGGGGUACUCAGCAUUGAGACAGUUCUGUUUUUCCUAAGUCUUAAAGCAAUCCAAGGAGAAGAGAAAACCCAUUUUAAAUUUCCUGAGCCUGUGUGGGUGAUCUGCUCCCUAAGGUUAUAAGAUCAUUUUUGGCAGUAGAUUGCGCUUCUGAUGAAUAGCGAGGAGGAGGUUUACUUACCUGCAUGUUGCCUAAGAGGCAUAUUAUGCCAACGGUAUGCAUAAAUGUACUUUGUAGUUUGCACAGUUCUCACCACUUGUUGCAAUUUCAUAUAUUUCUUUGUUUUUUUUUUAUGCAGUAGUUAUUUUAUGUUUGUUUUUUUUUUUUUUUGCAAGUUGAAUGAAAUGAUGGUUGCACGUAUAGCAUUUACAGUGUUUCUGUGCUUCACAUGCUUGAGAUGGUGUGAUAGUGGGAAAAGAAAGGAGAUGGACAGUUUACUAAGUUUACUAGAGGAGCAAUAAGUAUACUCUUGGUGCACCAGGAAGGUUGGGUUAUUAUGUCAUUAUGGACACAUUAUCACUGAAGGAAGUAGGGAAGGUAGCUUAAAGAUUGCAUGCAGCAGGAAUGCUGUUCAUAACAAUUUGAAGAGGCAGUAGCUUCUUUUGUCCAUGAGCUUUCAAGGGCUGGAGCUGCAAUAACACCAGAGCAGGUAGGAAUUUCACUUCAUUAAUCAAGAGGCCUGGAUGAAUAAAUUUGAUUUUCCAUUAAUGUACAAUUUGAGUUUGAUUUAUCUCUUCAGAGCAUCAGUAGAAUGUUAGAAUGUGAGCUUUAUGAAAACCUAAGGAAAUCUCCAUCAAAUAAACCCUCAUCUGUUUAGAUGUUUGACAUACAUAAACAGGACAUAAAAACGUAGUGCUUCACCAUAUGCUUCACUCACUGCAGGUAGUAUUUUUCAAGUUCCUGGAAAGAACUUAGUCAUAAAAUAAGACAUCAAGGAACUUUUCAUGUGAAUGACUCCUGACGUCAAAACCACAUCAAUUCUAGGUGUUAGUGUAGACCAGCAGAGUUACCAAGCUAAGACAACUUCAGAACUGGGAAAGAAAACAGAAAAACAAAAAACAAAAAGCAAUGAGAUGUACAUAUUAAUUGGGUCUUGGAGUUGGGAUAAUUAGUAUUGCUGAUCUACAAUAGAAGUUAUAAGAUACCAUAUUUAAAAAUUGCAUAAAUUACAUUGAGUUCUUAGUAGAAGCUAGAGAUUUCAUAUCUUUGCAACAGAUCCACAGUAAGAAACACUAACUUUGUUGAACAAAUAAAGUAUUUGCUGUAUACAUGAGCUGCUCUUUUUUUAAUGACCAAUAUGCAUCUAAAAAUCCUAUAGCAAAAACAAGUUUUUUUAGCUAUCAGGAUAGGUGUAUCUCAUUGAUUUAAUGAGCUCUAUCAGGAAGAACAAACAAUGCCUUUGUUUUCAGUGUGCUCGGUGUUCUUAAAAUAUAUUAAUGACACUGAAAUUGUUAUGUUUUCAGGAAUUAUAUAUGUGAACUCUACUUCCUCUGUAGCUGGUAGUAGAGACAUUUUGGUAUGAAGAUAGUUCCUUUCUGUUAAUACACUGUCUAACCGGUGGAAAAGAUGUAAUACUUCUUUUUGAUCUGCUUAAAUAGGCAUAACUUUUCAUGAACAAAAUAGGAGAUGGUCUGUUAUUCUUCUCUAGUCACUUGAACUUCAUUAAGGAAUAAUAUAUAUUUAUAUGUAGUGUGGCUUAUAUAAAUGGACUUAGGCUAUUUAGUUUUGGGGAAGGAAAUAGGGCUCUAAUGAAUUCUGUUUGCUGUAACGGAACCUUCCUUCAAGAAGAGGAGUCAGCCUCUUGCCAGCCAUUCAGGAUUCCCUCUUGUUCUGGUGGCAAAACAAGAAUAACCCCUUUAGCAAAAUGUGUUUCAAGAUGAUAUGAAUUUACAACAUUAGAAAGCUGCUAAAAAGGUAACUUCUCACUGAGUCUGUUUUCCUAAACUCAGAAGUUUGCAAAGUCUAUAAUUGACUCUUUUUCUUCAUAUGCUUUCCAUGACUUCACUGUCAUAUGCCUGCAGUAAUUUCAGCCUGCUAUUAACUGUGAUGACAGUAAUGAGUCUGAAGUAUUUAUAUGGAUUUGAACUGUAAUUAUUGGAAGAGGAAAAUUCUGUAGCUUCAGGCAGGUGGAAUAAUGCUCCUGGGUGCUGGAUUUUUAUUUUUCCUAAGGGCUCUUCUCUGCCCAGUGACUUGGAAGUUGUUAGCAGCCCUAUGUUAUUGAGUUCCAAUCUUAAGAACUUCAGUAUUUUUGGUAUUUUGCUGUUGUUGUAGCUGUGUUAUGAAUAGAACUGCAUGAUGUAUGGUGGCAUCUCAAAAGUCAUCCAAAUCUGAUUAAACCAGUGACUCCUCUCUCCAAAACAAAUUCCCUUCCUUCUCGGUGUUGAAGCGAGUGAGGCAUAGUGAAUUCCUCUUGCUGUGCUGUAAUUAAGAAUAUGAUUUAUGUCUACUUCAUCUCCGCAGGGUGACAGGUUAGUUCUGUGCUGAAGACAACUUGUUUCUUUGAGAUGGGAGGUUCUUGCUGGACAUCUGGAAAUUAAAUGCAGUAAGAUUCCUGUCUCCUUGUACAAACAGGACUCCCAGGAAAUAAAAAACUUGAGACAACUUUCAUUCUGGCAUGAAUGGUGUAAAAUGAUCUAAAUAAAACUAAUGACAUAAGCAAGCAAGCUCUUCCAAUCUAAGCAAAACUUUGAAUUGCAUUUUGCUGUCAAAACUGUUGUGGUGUGAGUUCAGAGCAUGAAAUAAAUAACUACCUGUUUGAAAUCACAAAGCUGCAUGGUUGAAGGCUGUCCCUUACAGAGCAUUUAAACUGCACCUGCAAGGCAUUCACAGAUGUGAGUACUUACUUGCAGAACCACAAGCAGAAGCUUGCAAUCAAACAGUGUAUGUGCACCAGUAGUUAGAGUUAGUAUGCAAGUCUGCACAUUUUACAGCCUGAAGUCAUAUUUUAUGUAGUCUUUACCCACAAAUUAUAAAAACCUAACAGGCUUAUUAUGUAAGCCUAAAAUGGAGAUUGGCCACUGCUUGUUCCUAGACAGGUAUGCUAUGCUAUUUUCUUUUUUUUCUUCUUUUUUUUUUUUUUCCUUUUCUUUUUUUUAGUGUUUGUGAACAACAUGUGUGUCUCCUGUUUCAGAAAGUUAGUUUCUCGUUAUUCAUUUAAAAGAUUUUUGUCUUCCUCCGGUUUUUGUGUUUAUAUUUGGAAAAGCACUGCAGUUUAACUUGUCUUUGAAGGACUCAUACUUCAGCUGUUUAUCAUCAAACUGUAUCUUGAGUGUCUUGUGCUGUGUUAUCACAGUUAUUUGAAAUAAGACAACGGUUUCUGCAUUUAAAGAGAAUAGAAGUAACAAAAAAAUAAUUUAAAAGAAAAUCCCAGAAAGUUUUUACUACAUUCCAUUGUUCUCAUGUCCAAUGACUACAUUUGAAGACUCAAAACUAUUGAAAAGAAAAUUAGUGAAAUAACAAAGAGCUAACACAUUGUAUUCCAGAAGGCAAUAACAUUUUUAAAUACCCCUGCUGAAUAUAUCUUCCUCCAGAAGUUGGAAUCCUCCAGAAGAUGGGCAUCCUGCACUACGAGACCACAAGAGAGCGGAAAACAGAUGUGCCACUUCAAAUGCAGUAACAUGUACAAAGUGUCUUGCUCUGGGUCCAGAGUGUGGAUGGUGUGCUCAGGAGGAUUUCAUGGCUGACUCAACACAGAAGGGACGCUGUGACACUGUUUUCAACUUACUGAAAAGAGGCUGCCAGUCGGAUUUUGUAGAAAGUCCCACAGUUCAUGUUACAAUACCCAGUGACCAAGAAACAAAUACACAAGUGACUCCAGGAAGAGUUUCAGUCCAACUGCGUCCAGGAAGUGAAGCGAGCUUUAUCUUAAAAGUUCGUCCUCUGGAGAAGUACCCUGUGGAUCUUUACUAUUUAGUUGAUGUCUCAGCUUCUAUGCACAACAAUAUAGAGAAACUGAAUUCCGUUGGAUUUGCUUUAUCAAAGAAGAUGGAGAAUAUUUCUCUUGAUUUUCGACUUGGGUUUGGAUCCUAUGUGGAUAAAACUGUGUCACCCUAUAUUAGCAUUCACCCAGGUAGAAUCCAUAACCAAUGCAGCGAUUAUAAUUUAGAUUGUAUGCCGCCUCAUGGUUAUAUUCAUGUGCUAUCCCUGACUGACAAUAUAGCAGAAUUUAGAAAUGCAGUGAAUAAACAAAAAAUUUCUGGGAAUAUUGAUACACCUGAAGGGGGUUUUGAUGCAAUGCUCCAAGCAGCUGUUUGCCAGAGCCACAUUGGAUGGCGCAAAGAAGCCAAGCGGCUACUUCUUGUGAUGACAGACCAAACUUCCCAUCUAGCCCUAGAUAGUAAAUUAGCAGGGAUCGUGAUUCCCCAUGAUGGAAACUGCCAUUUGAAAGAUAAUGUGUACGUCAAAGCUACGAGUAUGGAGCAUCCAUCUCUUGGGCAGCUCUCCGAAAAAUUGAUUGAUAAUAACAUCAAUGUCAUUUUUGCAGUUCAAGGAAGCCAGUUCCAUUGGUAUAAAGAUCUGUUACCUCUGUUGCCUGGUACUGUUGCGAGACAGAUAGAAUCACAAGCAGCAAAUCUCAAUGAUUUGGUGGUAGAAGCUUAUCAGAAACUAAUCUCUGAAGUGAAAAUUCAAGUGGAUAACCAUAUCCAGGAUCUUAAUUUCAAUAUCACUGCAAUCUGUCCUGACGGAAGCAAAAAAACUGGCAUGGAAGGAUGUAAAAACAUUGGAUAUAAUCAGGAAGUACUUUUCAAUGUAUCAGUCACAAUGAAAGGAUGUGAUACAACCGGGGGAAGAAAAUAUGCAAUACUUAAGCCUAUUGGUUUCAAUGAAACCACCAUUAUUAAUGUGCAGAAAAGCUGUGCAUGUCAGAAUGGAGACAACGCUAAGCCCAAGAGAGUGUGGGCUGAUGAAAUCUUUCCUGAUGGCAAACAGCCCCAUUGCAGUGACAGCGGUUGCAGCUACAGCAGAGAGACACUUCCUUCUGAGGAGUGCAGGCAGCACCAGGACCAGCCCAUCUGCAGUGGCCGAGGAGACUGCAUAGAGGGAAAAUGUUUCUGCUACAAGAACAAGCUAGGCAGGGUGUAUGGCAAAUACUGUCAAAUGGAUGAUUUUUCUUGCCCAUAUCACCAGGGAAACUUAUGUUCUGGUAAUGGUGAAUGUGAAGCUGGUAAAUGUAAAUGCUUUGCUGAUUGGGAAGGUGACCGUUGCCAGUGUUCAUUACAAUCAGCAAAGCAGUGCCUGAAUUCAAAGGGCCAGAUUUGCAGUGGAAGAGGAAACUGUGUAUGUGGAAAAUGUGAGUGCACUGACCCAAGAAGCUUUGGCCGUUUGUGUGAAUACUGCCCUGCUUGUAACACAGCCUGUGAAGAAAACUGGAAUUGUGUUCAGUGCCACCAUUCUAACAAUGCAUCUCAAGCUAAACUUGACCAGUGUAAAACCUCAUGUGCUUACCUAUUGCAUUACGUUGACCAAACUUCAGAAUGUUUCUCUGGACGAAGCUACUUUAGAGUGUUUUCCAUAAUCUUUAUAGUUACAUUUCUGAUUGGGUUGCUUGUUGUACUUAUCAUCAGGCAGAUAAUUCUGCAGGGAAAUAGCAAUAAAGUUAAAUCUUCAGCUGAUUACAGAGUCUCUGCGACAAAGAAGAUACCAUUGACCAGAAAAAGGCUUGCUGCUCAAGCUCUCCAAAGAGGAAUGAAACCUAAGUUACAGCCUCUAAAGCCGGAGGAGGAAAGAGAUCCUUCUUUCAGCCACUUUUUUGACACCAGUCAUGUCUACAACAAAGAGAAGAACUUUGGAAACACACUCCUGCUACCCUGGGCUUGAAACCAAAUAGUUUAAAUGUAUUAUAUGAAUUAAACAGAAAAUCUAGUUUUACAGAAACCUGAAUGGUCUGGAGCUGUGUUUGGGGCACAGGUAUCCUCAGUGCAGUUCAUGGGCUUGACACUUAUCUUCUGACUGGGAAGAUCCAAAUUCCACCUGUUCUGAAUUUACAUUACCUAGGCAUAGGCCGCAAGUCUGAUUUAUUAGUUCUAGUGGCCCAAGAUUAUCAUCUCCUGGCCCUUUAUUCAAGGAAAUAGUGGUGGGUGGCAGAAAACAAUGUUCCUUCUUGCAAAUCAUUCAUCAUCUGCUGAGCCCAAGCAUAAUAUGGCCUCUAGCUGUUUUCUUGGCCUUGAACUCAAUGAUUAAUGAAGGACAGUUACUGUUUAAUAAGAUGAUGUGCGUGCAAGCAGAUAAAACUAAAUGAUUAACCAAAAAGCAUAACAUUGCCAAGUGACAUCACAUUAUGCUUAUUGAAAUCAGGGCACAUGAUGUACUUCUUCCAGCUUUGCAGCUUGCCAAGUUCCCUUUCUGAGCCCCUCACCAACAUUUCCUCCUAAGCCUCUAUUUAUGCCUCAGCAAUCUGGAGAGCCCAGGACCUGUUCCUGACUGGGAUUCCUGUGCUCCCAAAACUGCUCACGGUUCCUGUUCUCCCUCACACCCUCUUCUUUUUCAUUAGUCUUUCACCACAUCCUUAAAGUAUGUGAUUUAACUGACAUGAAAAUGAGACAAACAAAUGGACAAUUUUAUGUGGGAUUUUUGUACAAACACUUGCUUUACUCUGCUUUAGACAAAACAGGACUUUUAAAGACUUCUACAGGUCAAUCCUGGUGCUCUCUAUAGCUUUUGGUUGUCUUCUUUCCUUCAGUCAUUCUGCAUUUGUGCCUGCGCUCCUGUGCAAAAGAAAGAAGAAUAAAGCCAGCAAAAAUAAGUCCUUCCCAGACUUCUCUCAAAACUGUGCCAUCUGAAAUUAUGCUUGCCUUGAAAAUCAGAGGCACUGAAUCAGAAGGCUUCAUCAGUGAACAGCUCACUUAUCUUCAGAAGAGCUUUUUUUUUGUCUUCAAGCAGACAGGAGUGAGUCCAAGUCUGUAAAGCAGAGCUAAACAGAGCACCUCCCAGCUUGGUCAGAUGUGGUCAUAUUCCUCUUCUUUCCAGUGUUAGGAAGACAGACCUGUUCCUUGGUGAGCUAGCCAGUUCUAGAAUACCUGCAGGAACUCUCUCUAGCUAUAACUUUUAAAUCUGGCACUCUUACAUCUUCUGCAAGGUAUACACAACACACAAAACUCAAAGACAACUCAUUUUAAGUGCCAUCAUUCUGGUAUUACUUGUAUUUUUUCAUGUAUUUCUUUAUAUCUGCAUAUUCCAUCCAAAGUAACUUUUCUUCAGUAUCAAGAAACCCAUCUCUGUAUAACCUGUUAGAUCAGACAAUAUAGAUGUACAUACUAGUAUGUACUGUAGAUCCAGAUACAGUCUCACAAACGUAUUUUUAAAAUGGGAUUCCUCCCAUACAUUCUCAUGCAUAGCAGGACCUUCCCUUAAGAUUUCCUGUACUUACCCAGGGUUCUCUUGGUGGCUAUGCUGCUAUCACGUUGAAAUCAUGACUUGAAGUGUUCCCCAGUAUUCAUCUCCUUGAACCUUUGCACUUUCCUGUUUAUCUUUUUCAGCUGCUGUCCCACACAUUACACCUAAAUCAUGGAAGACAAACACAGCACCCUGCACUGUGGAUUCUUGGGUCAUAGUCAUGAUUUUAUAAAUAAGAAAAAAAAUAUUUCCAUAGCUGGUUUAUUCUUCAUUACUGUGAGUCUGGUAUCUUGGUUUCAAACAAGAAAAGAAUCAAAAAAAGAGAAAGAAAAGAUAACGUGUCUGAUGAAUUUUCAAACAAAAAAAAAAGUGAAAGUCUCAGAAGGAAAAUUAUCAUAUGAGAAACUGGGAAUGUUUCAUGCUGCUUAAAGUGAAGUUUCCAGACAGCCUUUCCUGCUCCGUCCUCACCCCCCAAGAAAAAGUUGUUUCAAGACUUUUAUCUGAAGUUUGAUGCCAUGAAAUUGCUGGAUCCUUGUGGUCCAGUUGAAGAAUGUGUUAGAAGUGAACAUGCAGAGCAUCCUUGAGUAUCAAGUCCUCAAGCUCCUGUUUGACAUCCAAGCAACUGUUGUAUUCUUACAUUUUCUGUUUAUACUCUUUUCACUCACUGAAAAUUAGCUGGUAUUUGAACUACCUGAAAGCAACUUCUAAAGCAUGCAAUGUAAUAGUCACUGCACUAUCCAGGAAUUUUGCUCACCUAGUUAACUGGCAUUUCUUCAAGUGCGUUAAUGAAAAACGUACUCAAACAUUGUUAUUUCAUGAAAGGAAAAAAAAAGCUUAUCAAAUGACUGUCAACGUAACUCAAUAUCUUGAAGGAAAAUGUGUUACUGAGUGUAAUUGCUAUCAUUUACACUAUUUGAUACAUUUGGUGACCUAGUUCAGAUGGAAUUCAUGUGCUUUUAUCUUGACAGAUUUUACUCCUUCCUUGGUUAUGGCCCAGUUACUUCUGCUUCUCUAGGCCAAUGCAGGUGCUUGCCAACAAAGUGAAGCCUGCAAUGUCCUUUUGAACUACUGAGAUAAGGAAGCUGUUUUUCUUGAGCAAGCUCUGGCAAAGAUAUAAUUUUGGUAUGUUUGCAACACCUGUAUUAUUGCAGUUUCACCAGAUUUAAAAUUUAUAGUGAAGUUACAGUAGUGUAGCUAUUCCUGAGGUUAAGCAAACCUGAAAUCUUUCUAAUUAGAGGCCAUAAAAAGAGAGUUUUUCUUGAGAUUUGAAUCCUUCUGAGAUGCCUCUUGCAGCAAUUGCUUUUCUUUGCAGCUUCUGCUUAGUUUGUGAGUACCUCUGUUCUAGUGAAUCAAGUCACCAGAUAACAUCCUCCUACCACUGCAACUCUACCUUUCUACUUUGCUCUCCAGUCUUGCAAGGGAUGCAGUGCGUGGUUCAGAGAAAAUUCCCUCUAGAGCCCUGGUCUACAGCUUUCCUUCAGAGCAAAAAAAAGUUUUUGCCUCCAGAACUUCCUACAUCCCCCUCUUCUCUAUGUAAUUGAUGCUUACUUGAAUAGUUACAUGCUAUCCACUGCUUCUGAGGUUUAUCAGAUUUGCACCAAGAAAGGCAAGUUUUGUUUGUCAUGCUGGAUAAGCAUAAGAUUAUAAGGAAAGAUACCUUUCCUCUCAUCAGUUCUUGAAUAGCUUUCCACUCGCAGAACAAAACCCUCAUUAGGGGAGAACACAAUUUUGCUGAGAGAAAUCUGUUGCUGCAGUCACUUUUCCUUUCACUCGUUAGCAUUAUAUUCCUGGUUAUCUUCUGUGUCAGUUUGCUCUGCACACAAGCUGGUUGCUUUUACACAGACUGAAUGGUUCAGCUAUGUAAGGUGCCCUCAACAAGCAUCUCUAUUAGCUCACUUUCCUCUAGGUCAGCUGUCCUACCUUGACAGCCAUACACUCAGAUUGUAGUUCCUCCACAAGGGAAACACUGAUAACUCUCUCUCUCUCUC